GCCGGCAGCAGUGCGAGGGCUACCGGGACGUGAGCAUCACCAACAUGACCACCUCUUUCCGCGAUGGCCUGGCCUUCUGCGCUAUCCUGCAUCGACACCGGCCUGACCUUAUAAACUUCAGUGCCCUCCGGAAGGAAAACAUUUACGAGAACAACAAGCUGGCCUUCCAAGUGGCUGAGGAACAGCUGGGCAUCCCAGCCCUGCUAGAUGCUGAGGACAUGGUGGCCUUGAAGGUUCCAGACCGGCUGAGCAUCCUCACCUACGUGUCACAGUAUUACAACUACUUCCACGGCCGGUCCCCAAUUGGGGGCAUGGCUGGUGUGAAGAGACCCUCAUCAGACUCUACUGAAGAACGUUCUGGAAAGAAAGUCCUGACCCAGCCUGCCAAGUUGCCCUCACCUGCUCCAGUCCAGAGGUCACCACUAUCUCCAGCUAGGACAAACCCGGUGGUUCAGAGGAAUGAGGGUACCUCAGAGGGGUCAUACCCAAAGGCUGCUCUGGGAACUGCAGGAAGUUCCAUGAGCAGCAUCUGUGGGAUCUGUGGCAAACAUGUUCACCUUGUGCAGAGGCACCUGGCUGAUGGGCGGCUCUACCACCGAAGCUGCUUCAGGUGUAAACAGUGUUCCAACACACUGCAUUCAGGGGCCUACCGAGCCACGGGAGAGCCAGGAGUCUUUGUCUGUACUCAUCACAGCCCAGAAGUCGCCUCUGUGAGCCCCAAGUUGUCAAAACUGGCCUCCAGACAGUCGGGAGCUGUUGCUGUAGACACCAGGCCCUUCAGUGCCUCACGGAAGGUUCAGGAAGCAAAUGGGCUAGGAGAGGUGACACCAUUGAGGGUCAGGGCAGCAGCCUGGGAGUCCUCUGUAGGCAACACCACUGCCAAAGGUUUUGUCCAGACUGAACUUAACCCACCAGCCACCUCCCGUGUCCAUGUGGGGAGCCCUGCAGGGCCCAGGCUGCCCACAGGCCCAGUGGCCACUACUUCUGUGAAUGGCAAAGCCAUCACCCAUGUGACUAAUAGCUCCCCGACAGGGUGGUCAUCAACUGCCCAAAGCAGCAGCCCAGCGACCAUCGGCUCCCGUCCUGCUGUGUACCCAAGUGCUCUGGACUCUCACCCAUCUGUGCCCCAAGGCCAGGCAACUUCAAAAGGUGUUAAGACUCAGCUCAACUUGAGCACAGCAUCUCCAAACACAGCAGCCACCCCAGCCUGGACCCCUGUAGCCUCUAGGACCCAGCAAGCCCGAGAGAAAUUUUUCCAGAAUCCUACCCCAGCCCCAUCCAGCAACAGUCCUGCCAGCAAGGUCCCCCCUGUGGUGAAUACCUCCACCAGCAAGGUCCCCCCUGUGGUGAAUACCUCCACCAGCAAGGUCACCACUGUGGUGAAUGCCCCCAAUGGUAGGGUCCUCCCUAUGGUGAAUACCUCUACCAGCAAGGUCUCCACUGUGGUAAUUGCCCCCACCAGCAGGGUGUCCACUGUGGUGAGUGCCACUGAUGGCAGGGUCCCCACUGUGGUGAAUGCCCCCACCAGCAAGGUCCCCACUGUGGUGAAUACCCACAUUGGUAGCAUUCCUGCUGCGGUGAAUGCCCCUGCCAGCAAAGUCUCUGCUGCUGUGGAUACCCCUGCCCAGGAAAGCAGUCGAGAGCAAGCUCUAAGUGUCCUUAGGAAGGCCCUGCCAGGGCUAACAGGAGCUGGUACCCAGGCUCCAAGCAGGUCCUCUCCAGCCACGUCCUCUGUUACAAUCACCCUUCCCAAGAAUGAAGUGCCACAAAAGGUUCCCUCAGCCAAGCUAUCACAUUCAACCAUUUCUCAGGCUCCUGCUUCAAAGAUGGAGCCUACAGCCCCCCUGAGUGUGGGCAAUACUCAAACUGGCAAAAAGAGCCUGAGUGCAUCUCCAGGGGUUGGUAAGACCAGUGCUGGCUCCAGGCCACAAGCUGAGGUGGCAGUACUGAAGGGUCCAGGUUCCACCUCUCAGGAAGGCCAGGAGGAAGGGCCAGAGGGAUGGAGGGCCCGCCUGAAGCCGGUGGAUAAGAAAAACACUGCUGGGAGGACUCUGGGGCAAAAAGAAGUUCCGUCAGAGCCAAGGGCAGGGGACACUCCCAGGAAAGCCUCCAGCAGCUCCGACACCAGCAUUCAUGUCGUCUUGACUCCCAUUCAGCAUAAGAGGACACCACGCCUGGCUGAUUCCGGGCCGAGCCUCCCAGCAGCCCCCUCUCCUUCUCCAUCACACCGUAAGAAACUUACUGUCCCUCCCAGCCUUGAUGUUUCUGCUGAUUGGCUCCAGCCAGAGCUCAAGAAGCAGGAAACUCAGGCCAAGAACCAGAAGGAGGAGAAGACGCCCACCUGGAGGACAAGAGAGAAGCCUGCAGUCCUGGACAGUGCUCUUGCUCCACAUGGUGAUACUGUAACCUCUCCAGUCAGGCUGCACUCCAACUAUAUCCCUCAGGAGGAGCUGCAGAGGCAGCUGCAGGACAUUGAGAGUCAGCUAGAUGCCCUGGAGCUCAGGGGUGUAGAGCUGGAGAAGCGGCUGCGGGCAGCCGAGGGAGAUGCUGCAGAGGACAGCCUCAUGGUGGACUGGUUCCUGCUUAUUCAUGAGAAGCAGUUGCUGCUCAGGCUCGAAUCGGAACUCAUGUACAAGUCCAAGGACCAGCGCCUGGAGGAGCGGCAACUGGACCUCCAGGAUGAGCUGCGGAGGCUGAUAGACAAGCCGGAGGGUCUGAAGUCCCCCCGAGACCGCCAGCGGGAACAGGAGCUAUUGAGUCAAUAUGUGAACACCGUGAAUGACCGCAGUGACAUUGUUGACUUUCUGGAUGAGGAUCGGCUCCGGGAACAAGAAGAGGACCAAAUGCUGGAGAACAUGAUCCAGAACCUGGGCCUCCAGAAGAAGAAGUCCAGGUUCAGCUUUUCCAAGAUCUGGUCCUCAAAGAGCAAAGGCGGGCAGACCUGAGCUGCCCAGGGCUGGUACCAGAGCCCUGGCCCUUCUCAGGAAGAGACUGGUGCUGUGACCCCAGAUGGGAUGCCUGGGGGGUGACAAGGCCCAUGCUUCCCACUCUGGGUCCUUGUAUCCUUAAUAAAGACAUCUACCCUCCCACA